UCAUACACAGUAGUAAUAGUAGUUCCCUUAUUGUACAGACAUAAGCUUUUCAUAUGUGAGUAAAGAAGGCACAGGGAUGUUGGGGGAAGGCAAGGGGAAAUCUGGUUUGUGUUUUACACUGAGGUCUUUGUGUGUGAGUGUUGUGUUGACGCAGCCCUUCAUGGAGCAGAAAAGAGGGAGCAUGUGUAUGUGAAAUGUAUGUCUGUUUAGUAUGUGAAGGUUCAUGGGUUUCAGUGAGAGGAGGGGGGCAGCUGAGGAGAGAGUGGGAGGUGUCGAGUAUCAUUACCCAUCCCCCUCGCUGUCAUAGCUUAGCUUCUGUGUGUGUGUGUGUAGGUUUUGGUACCACUGAGUGUUUGCGUGUGGGUGGUUAGGUAUAACGGCGCUCGCUGGUGGUUGUGUUGAAGCUAACAAUUCUUUUUCCCGACCAUGACGUGCACACAUGAGGAGCUGAAAGUGACAAUGUUGCCAUGACAACAGAUGCAUACAAUUUGCAGCUAUGCUUUUGGUUGUGUUUCAGUCUGGGUGUGUGUGUGUGUGUGUACGUGGGUGUGAGGAUUACUUAUGAGAAUCUAGAACAGCCUGUCUGUAGUUACUAGGCAGAUAUUGACCUGCCCGACACACACACACACACACACACAGAGGCACAGCCUGCCUGUGUCUGGCGUCGGUGUGGUGAGACACUGUUGAUAAAAGGGCUAGUGGUGGACAUGGCAGCUUAUCCAUUUACAUAAGCUGUGUGUGGGGCUUGAUAAGCUCUGCACUGAGGUUGACUAAAACUAUUGCUUCAAAACUUGAUCCCCCACCCUGCUCUGUCCCCCUCAUGAAGGGAGUGACCGUGUGUGUGUGUGUGUUAACAUAAGUAAAGAGAAACAUUUCAUGAACAGAGGGUGCCUGUUUGUUUCUGGGGAGAUCAGGGGCAGCUUUGUUAUAAAUCCUCGCUACUUUCAGUACACUAUUGUUGCUAUAAUUGUUGAGGAAACACUUAGUGAAGCACUGGAGGAAACAUGUGAGGUAGAAUACACUGGGGUCACAUACUGUAUGUGCAAAAGCAUCAAGAAGCAAGAUAUUAGGUAUUCUGAAAGAAAUGUAUGUGAUAUAAAAUAGAGAGAUGAAGAGAGAGAGAAAGAUCAACCAAAAUCAAGAUCAAAUGAAUGUGAUCUACUGAUACAGCACCUACUGACCAUUCAGUCCCUCACUUGUGCUGCUACACAACUCCUCUGCAUCUCUCAUGAAUGUGUUUCUUGUUAUUUCUGACCAGGGAGGACUACCCCCAAACUUUCCCAACACACACCACUUCACAUACUUUCUAAACUUACCCUUCUUCCUUUCUCCUCCCUUCUUCGCACAAACGUCACCGUACAUGGGUAUCUGGAUGAUUGUUGGAAUACCAUAGUGUUUGUGUGUGUGUGUGUGUUCAAGUGUGGCUCUUAUGAAAAGUUGCAAAAAUGUGGUGCAUAUGCAUAUAACAAUGUGUUCAUAUUGCUGUAGAAAGAUUUGUUGCCAUUUACAUGCUGCUCUGUGUGGGUUUGUCCUUUGCAGCUGAUAUAUGAGAGUCUAUGUACAACUGCAUGCCUGCGUGAGGUGAGCAAAUGUGAACCCCUGCAUGUGAGUGCGUGUGCGUGUGAAAGAGAGAGUGUGUGUGUACAUGUGUGUGCAGCAUAUGUCCUGUGUUCUGUUCUGUUCCCCAGACUGGCUGGUCUUUGUUGCUGCUCCCUCGUGCAGACGGGCCUGGCCACGUGCUUCUCUGUCUGCAAGGACAAGUCACGCCUCCACCGCUUUAAUCUGUCAAUUGCAGCGGCCAAGUCCCGCCCCUAACAACACUCCCUGCUUGAUGACGCUGUUUUACUCACGCAUACUUACCAUGCUCCCUUUUUCUCUCUCACUCACACUGUAGCUGUGCCAUGAACACGGUCUACAAAAUUGAGCAACACACUUCCCCUCUUCCAUCUAUGUAAACCAUCUCUUUAUCUCAUUUUCUCUCUCGUUCUUGAUAUCUUGAUAUGUUAAGGGGCCGAAAUGUCCUUCCUGAAAAGUAGUCUUUCUUCCUCUACUUCCAUACUGGGACAACAGUCAGUUCUCCUCCGCAGAAACACCCAGAAACAGGAAGAAGGAAUUUAGGUGAAGGGGAAAACAAGGAAUCCAGCUGGGCAAGGGCUACGUUUCGAAAUAAAGACAAGUGGGUUUCUGAUGGAAUAAUGUUCCAAUUUGUGACUAUUUAAUUUAAUUUUUCCCCUCAGUGGAUGUUGUAAUGACUUGGUAUUAAACUAGGAAGAAAUUCCAACACCAGUAGUACAAUACAAAGUAGUCUGUUUUCUAUAGUCUCUCUAUAGUGAAAAACAAGUCUAACCUCUCAAUCAUCCCAGACAGUCUUCUUGGUAAACAAUCUGUAUCACAUUGAAACUACACAUGAUACUGUGUGCUUUGGACGUCUUCAAUGACAAGACUCUGUAUGCCAUGUUUGUCUCAUUUUGAAUCCCUUCGGCAAAAAUGUGUUUAUAGGCUGAGUCACACCUGAUUAACCUGCACCCCCCUCUCAGCUCCCUUCUCUCUCUCUGACAAAAACAACACAAGUUUUGCCCUCAGAGCCACAACUCCCUGCUGCUUUACAUUUAGUGUCAACAGUUGUGGAGCUGAAGAGACUUUAUUGCUAUACAAAGUUCACGGGUUGAUCGUUAUCGGCAGAGAAAGAAUCGGUCAUACCGGCAGUGUUUGUGCAUUUGUUUUUGACUGUUACGGGGCACUAAAGGAAACAGACUUUUAACCUACUCUGACCAGCUGCAAAGAACUGCUAACUUUGUUUUGAAGAAAUUUCCUCAACUUUGUAGAUUGCUUAUGAUAACCCCAAACCCUUCUGAUAAAGGAUUUUUCCCUAUUAACUCCUCACAGUUAUUUUUAGCAAGGUACAGUACAAUGCCUUAGACCUCAAUAGUCAGGCUUCCUCCGAGUCAGUGUUGUUUUUCCUGCCUCUCUAACCUGCAUUGGAGGGCAGGGAGCUUGUGACAUCUGUUAUAGAGCUGCUGCUUAACUCAGUACAUGCAGGCACUUUGCAGGACUCACUACCCUUUUACCACACAGACUGUGAGAUGAAUCACGGUCUAAUGCCUGUACAGUGAUAAGCUACAAGUGCUUUUAGUGUUUCACCUAACAAAAAAACAACAAACUGUGCUGUGAAUGUACAGUGACACACUCCUAUCAUUUCCUCACACACACAUAUGAACCUUUGAUAAGAUUUCAUGAUCUCUUUUUUACUCUCCAUAAAGAAGGUUAUUUUAAACCUUUGAGCAAUAUACUUUGUGAUUGCUAUAAUCCUCUUUUUUCCACGAAUAUGUCCCAUUCUGAUUCCCUGUUCUGUUCAUAAACCUUAAAAAGGCAUGACUUUAAAGGCAUUACACAUGUUGCAAAUAAGUACCAUAUAAUGCACAUUCUCAAGUUCACAUAAUGUGACAGAAAGGUGUGUAUUAAAAUAUUGCAUGUGCCCAUAAGGUCACAUCACUUGUACAAAUCCUUCUCCUUAAAGGGUGUGUUCAUCCAAAUUUAAAAAGAAUAAAACAAUUUUCUCACCAUGCAGAUGGUUUUGGAUUCAUUUGUCCAGGGCCUAUUUCUUUGUUAGAAAGUUGUUCCAAUGAGGUCUGUGAAUUAUCCUGAGUAACUGGGACAUUGUUUCUGGAAAAACACAUUGUUUAAUGCUGUGAGCACCCCAAACACAAUUCCAUCCCAUAGUUUUGGGUAUGGAGGCAGAAAUCUCAGAAAGACUUCACAAAACUUGGACAAAAUAAACCAAAACAAUCUGCAUGGCUAGAUACCACAGGAGGUAAGUUUGUAUCAUUCUUAUUAUUUGCAUGGAUCAACCCUUUAAUAUCAAAUAAUAUGUGUGGUACCCAAUUUUAUCAGUAUCAGUUUUAUGACAGGAAUGAACUCCUUUUGCUUCUUUUUAUUAAGUAUCCUGAACAACCAUGAAACCUUGUAUACAGUUUGGUACUCUGUAAUGUAUUCCCUCGAUAAUCGUUUUAGCUGUACUGCAGUGAUGUAUCCAUUUACAGUCAGAUGCAUCUUGCAGUUUGUUUUGAUGCCACCCUCUGCUCAAGUGGCCUUGACAACCUCCCUCACCUCUCUCUUCAAUGAUUUCCUCGUAGCCACAGCUAACUUUAGCAAGAAGAAACUGAUAUCUCUCCUACUCUCCAUGCCCCCAUAUCACACACGAAUUGUACACAAACUUACAUAUCUGUGAGAUACAGACACACAUACAGAAAACAAGUCAGUUCAAGAUAAAAAAAUUUCUUUACCAAGGCAGAAGUGUCUCUUCCUACACAUUCCAAUACAGAGCAACACCACCCUCUACAGUACGUUUGCCUCAUUUUUUAGCCAUGUCAGUAUGACACCAUUUUUUAUAGUGAAAAUUUCCAUAAUUUUCAUUCUACAUUAAUCCUGAUGCUUCACAUGGUCCCAAGGCUUGCUCUGCGCGCACAUAGGCUUCUCAAAUGUAAACAUUACAUUUUCGCAUGUUUGUCAAACUCUUAGUUCUCCACAAACCACAGGAGAAACUAGUUAAGGUUGGUGUAAGUCUCCAAGGAAUUAAUGUAAGUCCUCCUAAGUGAAAAGUACACUGCAUACCUAACCCCAACCCUUACACUAACCCACGUCUUAACCCUAGAAUGUAAUAGUUUACUUUGUCAGGACAAACUUUUCAUCCCUAAAUGGGAGGUGAGUCUCCCUAAUGUGACAAAUUCUUUUCACCUCAAAACUAUCAUGCAAGCACACACACAUUCAGAUGCGUCCAAUGGCUGAAUUAGUCCAGAAACCUACACAGACGCACAAGACUGAGACAAUAUCUGUGAUUCAUUUCAUAUUCUUCACCAGCCAGGAUCAAAACCUAACACACUGUGAAAUGUCAGAUUUGGCCUUUAUUUUAGCUUCAUAAUAUAAAUGGUUUUGUAACCAGAAACAUCUGCACAACUCACAGAUAAAUAUUUACCAUUACUUGGGAAAUAAGAGCCCAGUUAACAGACUGACUGGUGCUAUAGUUAUUUUUUACACAAACCUGUAAGACACCAUACUCAAAGAAAAAUGAAAAGUGUGUUUAAAGAAAUAGUUGGCCAGGGAUGGAUUCCACAGUCCCAUUUGAUUUACUUCUUUACUGGUGCUUUACAUAGAUGAAUGCUGCUACUUUUAGCCAUAGGGGCUCAUUCACAAAUGAGGAGGAUGUGUGUCAAGGGCCAGUGCGUGGGGACAGAAGGAAAAUAGAGAGGGGUAUGUGAAAAAUCAGGAAGCCAUCUGUACAGGACAUUCAGCUACAUGAGGUGAAUGUGAUUUUUGAAUGUCACUUCUCAGUGAACCCUAACAGCAGAGUCAUCUGUUGAUGCAGUGAAAACAGUCUCUCAAAGAGUCAUGACCAUGGCUUAGGCCUGCUGCUCUCAUAACCCUCACAUUUUUGUCUUUUACAGGAUCUUUUAAGCACACACACACUCAAACAUUCACAAAUAUACACACAGCUGCAUAAAGGCAGUCAUAAGUGUUCUGAAUAAUUUAUCGCUAGUGAAAUUGCGUGGCUCUAGGGUUUCCAUGUUGUCAUUGUCCCUGUUUCGGGUCGAUGGGUGGCGAGAAAAAGGUAAACUUCUCAUGCGAGCUGCUCAUCAUGUACCAGUCCCUCAACACACACACACUCACGCGUGCACACACACACACACACACACACACACACACACACACACACACACUCUUCAUUCCCAUGGCAGUGUGUGGCUUGGAUAAACGGCAUCCUUCCCCGUAAAGAUGCAGGAGGAAGAGAGAGACCAUUGAAACCUUCAUUUCCACCUCACAUAUGCACAGGGGGUACAGGACCAUGACAGGAAGAUGCCUCGAGACAGUCUGAUCACCUCUGAAAAUGACAUUGACAUUGGACUGGGAUUUGCAGUUGACGAGGAUGAUGUUUCCACUUUUGGAGAGGAACAUGAGAGGGAAAGACACAGAAGAAAAAGAAGGGAUGGUGGUAGAGAGAAGAAGAAGAGGGGGAAUAGGAGGAGAAAAGGAGCAUCUAGAGCAAGAGAAGGGGAAGAGGAAUUACAAGCCAGGCCUGAGAAAAGAGAAAGGGGCAGGAGAAGAAAGAAAGAAGCAGAAGGAAGAGAGGGGGACGAGGAGGGGAAGGCCAAAAUAAAAAGUGGUAAGGUGGCAAAAACGAGGAAGAAUACCAAAAAUGAAAAAACAAGAACAAUCGAGCAGGACGAGGGAGAAGCUGAAGAAAGAAAUGCCAAGGGAAAAAAGAAACAUGGAAGUGCCAAAAAAGAAGAGAACAAAGAGGAAGGAGGUAAACAUACAGUAAAGAGGAAAGUGAAGAAGAAAAAGCACAAGAAAGUAGUGGAAACAAGUUCAGAACAGGAGACAAGUGAGGCAGAUGACAAAGAAGUAGAGGACAAGGAGGAGAAAGAGGUGAGGCCAGAGUCUCUGUCACCAGAGGAGCUGGAAAAGCUGAAGGAGGCAGUGGAUGAAAGGAAGAAACUGAUCCAAGGUCUGAGGGGAAAACCCUGGCCAAUGAAAAAGAAACUUGUGACUUUGCGGGAGUCUCAGGAGUUUGUGGAGAAAUAUGAGGGAGCUUUGGGGAAAGGGAAAGGCAGGAAACUCUAUGCAUACAAGGUCAUGAUGACCAAGAAAUGGAUGAAGUUUCAGCGGGACUUUGAAAACUUCAAAACUACCUGCAUUCCAUGGGAGAUGAAAAUCAAGGAGAUUGAAAGUCAUUUUGGCUCCUCAGUUGCCUCUUACUUUAUCUUCCUGAGGUGGAUGUAUGGCAUCAAUAUGAUCUUGUUUGGUCUGACCUUUGGCCUGGUUAUGGUGCCAGAGGCAUUAAUGGGGCGGCCCUAUGGCAGCAUCCCAAGAAAGACUGUCCCCAGGGCUGAGGAGGCUAGUGCCAUGGACUUUGCUGUCUUAUGGGACUUUGGAGGUUACGCUCAGUAUUCAGUCCUCUUCUACGGUUACUACAACAGCCAGCGUGCCAUUGGCUGGCUCAAGUUCCGUAUGCCUUUGUCAUACUUCCUGGUUGGUGUGGGAACAGUGGCCUAUAGCUAUAUGGUGGUCAUAAGAACGAUGGCCCGUAAUGCAAAUGAGUCGGGAGUUGGAGAUGAUAACAGCUUUAAUUUCAGCUGGAAAAUGUUCACCAGCUGGGACUACCUGAUAGGAAACCCUGAAACUGCAGACAAUAAGUUUGCCUCCAUCACCACCAGUUUCAAGGAGGCAAUCUUAGAGGAGCAAGAGAGCCGAAAGGAUGACAACAUCCAUCUGACUCGUUUUCUGCGUGUGCUGGCCAACUUCCUGGUCUUGUGCUGCUUAGCAGGAAGUGGAUACCUCAUCUACUUUGUAGUGCGUCGCUCUCAGAAGUUUGCCCUUGAUGGACUGGAAAAUCACACCUGGUGGGAAAGGAAUGAGGUGAACAUGGUCAUGUCAUUACUGGGGAUGUUCUGCCCCAUGUUGUUUGACGUCAUCAGCACCCUGGAGAACUACCACCCUCGUGUCGCCCUGCAGUGGCAGCUGGGUCGCAUCUUUGCCCUCUUCUUGGGAAAUCUCUACACCUUCAUCAUUGCACUCAUGGAUGAGAUCAACCUCAAAAGGGAAGAGGAAAAGAUAGUAAAGUUUAAUAUAACCACAUGGGAAGCCAGUCUUUACAAUGGUACAGUAUCAGAAAACAGCACUGCUCCACCUAACACUAUCCACCCUGCUGAUGUGCCCAGAGGGCCCUGCUGGGAGACCAUGGUGGGGCAGGAGUUUGUCCGGCUGAUCAUAUCUGAUACCAUGACAACCUACAUCACGCUGCUGAUUGGUGAUUUCCUGAGAGCUGUGCUUGUUCGUUUUCUCAACUACUGCUGGUGUUGGGACCUUGAGGCUGGAUUUCCGUCCUACUCUGAGUUUGAUGUCAGUGGGAAUGUCCUGGGACUUAUCUUCAAUCAAGGAAUGAUAUGGAUGGGUGCUUUCUAUGCCCCCUGCCUGCCUGCCCUAAACGUCCUCCGGCUCCACGUGUCCAUGUAUCUGCAGUGCUGGGCUGUUAUGUGCUGUAAUGUGCCGCAGGAAAGGGUCUUCAAGGCUUCUGGCUCCAACAACUUCUACAUGGCCAUGUUGCUGGUCAUCCUCUUCCUGUCCACUCUGCCUGCCAUCUACACCAUUGUCACCAUCCCCCCUUCCUUUGACUGCGGACCCUUCAGUGGGAAAAAACGUAUGUUUGAUGUGAUCCAAGAGACGCUUGAGUCGGACUUUCCUGCCUGGUUUAGUAAAGUGUUCAGCUAUGCUUCUAACCCUGGACUGGUGCUACCCUUCAUAUUGCUUAUGGUACUGGCCAUUUAUUACUUGCAAUCCACAUCCAAAAGCUACAAAGAAGCUAAUGUGGAACUGAAGAAAAAACUACAAACGCAAAAUGAGGAGAACAAGAAAAAGAACAAACGAGCAGCGCUGAAGGCGCAAAUGGAUCUAGAGGAGGCCAGAAAAGCUACAUCAUCACAGGCUGCAGAGCAACAAAAGAACAACAACACUUCACUACAAGACCAAGAGGCAGAUGGGGAAGAAAACCAGGGCAGUAGUCAGCGGCUGUAUCAUGGUAAGAAUGGACGCAACCCUCCUCCUCCUGUUAGAGACCAAGAGCGCCAACUUCCAGCCACCAGAGCCCCUGUCCCCAGGACCUAUCACCAUGGCAACCACGGGGCUCAUGGGUUCUUGCCCAGUUUCCCUCGGCAAAGUGAACCCAGGAUGCACAGGGUGCCGAGCCUGCAGAGACACUGAGGGAGUGAAAAACAACAUGUUAGCAAAUGUCACUCAAAACCAAGCACUUUAUUGAGAAAUUCAUGUUCAGAUGUACACUGUGAACUGAGAGGAAUAAGAAUGCUGACUUGAUGGCACAUAGUGAGAUUUUCUCCUGAAUAAAAGUGUUUUUUCAAACUGUGUGUUUAUGAUAAAAAGAAGCUGUAAGCAUUUAAAAUUAUUAGUUGUUUGUUUGUUUACUACAUAAAUGUUAACAAGAGCAGAAUAUAAUUUUCUUUAAAUGUUACAUUACAUUUCUUAUGUGUCAGUGUCUUUUGAAACCACUAAUCAUUAAAUUAAAUCUGUUGUAAAUUUAUUAAAAUUUUAAUAAGCUGA